AACUUCAUUUAUGUAUUGUACUCUGCUUUUGUAAGCUAUUGGCAAGUUGAAGAGCCACUUUACGAGUAAAUAAUAAUUGUUAUAACAACCUAUCCUUUGCAAGUUUGCCAUCCAGAAACGAUGGCUACUCCCUCUUUGGUCUCAUCUGCCAUGAGAAGGCUUGAGGGGAAGGUGGCCCUGAUCACCGGCGGAGCCAGCGGAAUCGGCGAAGCCACGGCAAGGCUCUUCGCCAAGAACGGAGCUAAAGUGGUGAUCGCCGAUAUCCUAGACGAUUUGGGACACUCUGUUUGCAAAGAAUUGGAAAACGAAUCUUGCUAUGUCCAUUGCGACGUGACGAACGAACAACACAUUCAAAACGCCGUGAACACGGCGGUUUCCAAGUACGGCAAACUAGACGUCAUGUUCAACAACGCCGGCAUAACCGGCGUCAACAAGACCAACAUCCUGGAAAACCAGAAACACGAGUUCGAACAAGUGCUCAGUGUCAACGUGAUUGGUCCCUUUCUCGGGACCAAGCACGCUGCAAGGGUCAUGAUCCCGGCCAGAAGCGGAAGCAUAAUCAACACUGCCAGCAUUUGUGGUAUCUCAGGUGGAGUUGCGUCACAUGCUUACACAAGUUCAAAGCAUGCUGUUGUGGGCUUCACCAAGAGCACUGCAGUUGAGUUUGGACCAUUAGGUAUAAGAGUGAAUUGCGUGUCACCGUACAUAGUUGCCAGCACUCCUUUGGCGAGGGACUUCUUCAAGUUUGAUGAUAAGGGCGAUCUUGAUGUUUAUAACAACCUCAAAGGUACCAAUCUGAUGCCGCAUGAUGUGGCUGAAGCUGCACUCUAUUUGGGAAGUGACGCCUCCAAGUUUGUUAGCGGUCAUAAUCUUGUGGUGGAUGGAGGUUUCACUGUUCUAAACGCUGGCUUUUGUAUCUAUGAUCAAUCUCCGUAGAAUUUUGUCAAGUUUUUUAAUAUGUGCUCCAUCUUAAGAUGCCGAUUAAGGAUGCAUGGAAUUGAAUAAAAGUUAUUUAUAAAUAAAGAUCAAUUAGAUAUUUUUACAGA